UUAUGCAGAGCUGUCUAAAGGGAAAUUAUUGAAACCGGUUUUUUGAAAACAUGAUACCACCAGACGCAUACAGAUCUCAACAGAUAAAACACAGAAUUUAAGAUUAUAAGUGUUGACAAAAAAAUCUAGAAUCUAGAAACGUCGAUCUUUUAUUACAAUGUGAUUAUUAAAAAAUAAAUAAAUAAAAAUAAAUCGGAUGAAUACGGUAACCUUUGGGAACUGAGAAUCAAAUACAAUGAGGAAACUGAUACUGGCUGAGUUUCUGUUUGGUUGCCUUUCAACAGGAUGCGUUGCUAUCCUGGUGAUUGUGCCUGAGACAGAGCGCUACACUUCACUCUUUGCCACUGUUAGACUAAGAUGUGACUACUCCACCUCCAGCAACCUUCAGGAUGUUUUGGUCACCUGGCGUUACAAGUCCUUUUGCAAGGACCCCAUCCUUGACUACUAUUCUGCAGGGUAUCAGGCUUCCUUGCAGUUGGGCCAGGACCCUGCCAAUGAUUGCUCGGACAGCAUGCGAGAGGUGAGGGUAGUGAUCCAAAAACGAGGGGGGAAUGAGCCUGUCCUGGGAAUCGAAUACAGGCAGCGGAAAAUCACCAUUCAAGACAAGGCUGACCUGGUGAUUAGUGAAGUGAUGUGGUGGGAUCAUGGGGUCUAUUUUUGUUCCAUUGAAGCAUCGGGCGACACCACAGGCGACUCUGAUAAGGAGAUCAAACUGGUGGUUUACAACUGGCUGGUAGUGAUCUUCAUCAUCCUGGGCAUCCUGCUUCUGAUCCUGCUGCUCGGGGUUUGCUGGUGCCAGUGCUGCCCACACCGCUGCUGCUGUUACGUGCGCUGUGCCUGCUGCCCUACCAGGUGCUGCUGCCCGGAGAAGGCUGUGAUGCGCUACAAGAUGGUAAAAGAAGCACAAAAGGCUCUUAUGCCCUGGGCAAUGGGACAACCUAUUUAUGCACCGGUGGGUUCUGGAUCUUCAGCCUACCGCUCAAACCCACAGCUUAGAGACUAUUCCUUGAAGCAGAACAUCCCAAUGAUGCCGCUGCCUCCCCCGACAGUUCAACACUCUGCCAAUAACUCUGUCCUGGACUACAUUGAGAAUCAGAUGAGGACCCUGGACUCAAACCACCCAUUGCAGCAGCUGCCACCGCCGCCACCACGCGGAGCAAACAACAUCCCAUUCCGGGGAGGCCCACCCAGCAUUCUGUCAUCGCUGAAUGACAUUGAGGUGCGGGAGAUUGACAGGCGCGUUAUCAAACUGCCGGCCAUCGUUGAGGGCCUGUCCCGUGACAACUCAUCGCAGGGAAACAGGGGUUACUAUUCAGGAAGCGAUAGGGGUGCCAGAGGACCCCGCAACCAGGGAGGAUCCAGAUCCAGUCAGGACUCCAGCUUCCUCAACCGGCAACAGCCCCAGGAUGCCAGGAGGAGGAGAGACAAUGUACAGAACAACAGACGGAGCCCCAGGAGGGAUUUCUCCCCUCCCCGCCGGCAAAACUUGCGCAGCUAUAGCGACGAGUCGGAAUACGAUGGCCACAGGAGGCCUGCCGCAGGGAGGAGGGGGCGUGGUGACACUGGAGGCAGCGGUGGCAGCAAGUAUGGGGGCCGUUGGAGAUCGAAGAGCAGGGAUGAUCUCUUCAAUGAACCACGGCACCCACAGCGUAGGAAGAGGAGCUUGUCCCCGCCAGGCAAGCGCUGCUGGAGCUCUGACGAAGACCUCAGCUGGAGGGGAGGCAACGGCAGGAGUCGCAACUGGGACCGGGAAGAAGACUGGCCGGAAAAGCCUCCCAGCUACAGCUCGGUAGAUAUCCUUCAACGGAGAGCCAACAACCAUGCACACCGCAACAAUGAUGUAUAUUCAGAAAAAAGUUCCCGGAGUGGAAGAAGUAUGGUGAUAUGAAGCAAAGCAGCUUUUUUUUUUUUUUUUUAGCAUUUCUGGAAAAAAAAAAAAAAAUAUAUAUAUAUAUAUA